AUGACAAAUCUGUCAGUGGCCAGUGAACCUGAAACAAGACACAAGAUUAAUUUGGAUGACACACUUGACUUUGGAGUGAGAACAUCAGUUCAGACAUCCACAUCUUGGAAAGCUCCUAUCAUAUGGGAUGGGAUGUUUGACCCCAAUCUUUACGAUCAAAGGCACACUGAAGAAAAGUCAUCUGUGGCCCUCACAGUGUUUGCUGUGGGAAGGUACCUGGAUGCCUACCUCAAGACUUUCCUAACCUCAGCAGAAAAACAUUUCAUGGUGGGGUUACCAGUGACGUAUUACGUGUUCACAGAUGCAACGGAGAAAGUACCAAACAUCACACUUGCUUCUCUGCGGUACAUAAAGAUUGUCCAGGUGGAAAAGCAUACAAGGUGGCAGGACAUCUCUAUGAUGCGAAUGAGAACAAUAUCAGAAGCUAUAGAGUCAGAGAUCCGUCACAGAUUUCAUUAUGUCUUCUGUUUUGAUGUGGAUCAGGAGUUCAAGGGCAGAUUUGGGUCUGAGGCACUGGGUGAUUCUGUGGCAUUGCUCCACGCCCACUAUUAUAAAUUACCAAAGGCCCAGUUUACUUAUGACAGAAACCCCAAAUCUAAAGCCUUCAUGGAAACUGGAGAUUUCUACUACCAUGCUGCUAUCUUUGGAGGACUGUGGCAAAAUGUAAAGGAUCUGGUAGAUGCCUGUUACCUGGGGAUCAUGGAGGAUAAAAUAAAUAAUGUGGAAGCUCUGUGGCAUGAUGAGAGCCAUCUAAACAAGUACUUUUGGAUUCAUAAACCAAGCAGGCUGCUCUCUCCAGAGUACUGCUGGGACCAGAGCAUUUGGGACAAGCAGGAUAUAGUUGUCACUCGCCUAGUGUGGGCACCAAAACAUUAUGACACACUUCGUACUAGGUAG